UAUUCGGCCAUUUUGAUUUCUCCUGUCUCUUGACAGGCCGGUGUACAGAACAUUACGAUAAAAUUGUUCUGCACCACGUUUCUAACGUUAUAUUUAUGUGGAUGAAGUGAAAAGUGUAGUGUACACCAUGGCGAGAUACGGUCAGAGACCGGAGAAUGCCCUCAAACGGGCUAAUGAGUUUAUGGACUUGGACAAACCUGCAAGAGCUUUAGACACUCUGCAAGAAGUAUUCCGUAACAAGAAAUGGGCGUACAACUGGUCCGAGUCGGUGUUGGAGCCGAUCAUGUUCAAGUACUUGGAACUGUGUGUGGACUUGCGCAAGUCUCACAUUGCCAAAGAAGGCUUGUUCCAAUACAGGAAUAUGUUUCAGUCCGUCAAUGUUGGGUCUUUGGAACAAGUUAUAAGGGGCUACCUACGUAUGGCAGAAGAGCGCACAGAAGCGGCUCGUGAGCAGUCCACUCAAGCAGUCAUUGAGACUGAUGAUCUGGAUAACCUUGCUACUCCUGAGAGCAUCCUGCUCAGUGCUGUGUCUGGAGAAGACGCUCAGGAUAGAUCUGAUAGGACUAUCCUUACACCAUGGGUGAAAUUCCUGUGGGAAUCAUACUGCCAAUGCCUGGAGCUCCUCCGUACGAACGCUCACGUGGAGACAUUGUACCACGAUAUUGCACGUAUGGCCUUCCAGUUCUGUCUCAAGUAUUCCCGCAAAACAGAGUUCAGGAAGCUCUGCGACAAAUUGAGGAAGCAUCUUGAAGAUAUCUGCAAGCCUACCGUGCAAACUGGUAAUGUGAGCAUCAGCAAGCCAGAGACCCAGCAGCUCAACUUGGAAACCAGAUUGUUCCAACUGGAUAGCGCCAUCCAAAUGGAAUUGUGGCAGGAAGCCUACAAAGCGAUCGAGGACAUCCAUAACCUCAUGAACAUGUCUAAAAAGACUCCCGUGGCCAAAACUAUGGCUAACUACUAUGGCAAGCUGGCUCUUGUCUUCUGGAAGGCUGGCCACUGCCUGUUCCAUGCCGCUGCACUGCUGAAACUCUUCCAACUGUCCAGGGAGAUGAAGAAGAAUAUCACACAGGAGGAAUUGCAGAAAAUGGCCUGUCGCGUCCUCGUGGCCGUAUUAUCGGUCCCACUGCCGUCUCUGCACCCUGAAUUCGACCGUUUCGUGGAGACUGACAAGAGCCCGGUCGAGAAGGCACAGAGACUGGCUGUGUUACUCGGCCUCGCUCAGCCCCCGACCAGGGCUAGCUUGUUGAAAGAUGUGGUCCGUCUAAACGUGGUGGCGCUGGCUACUCCACAGCUGCAACAGCUGUACUCGUGGUUGGAGGUAGAGUUUGACCCUCUCACCCUCUGCAACAACGUCAAGAGUGUCGUCAAGUCCCUCGAGGAGGAGCCUAACUCACCGCUAGCUCAAUACACCGUGGCUCUAAGCGAUGUAGCCCUGGUCCGUCUCAUCCGUCAAGUGGGCCAGUGCUACGCCUGCAUCCAGUUCUCUCGUCUCCUGGAGCUGGCCAACACCGAUGACCUGUUCCAUCUGGAACGUCUCCUGGUCGACUGCGUCAGGCAUAAUGACAUGCAGAUCCGUGUUGAUCAUGCUAACAAGUGCGUGCACUUCGGAGUGGAAGCCGGUGGUGGCGAGUGGUGCUCGGCCGCGGACGAAGCUUGCGGCGGCGCCAUUCUGCAAGCUACACCUGCUGAACAGGUCCGCGAGCAACUAGUCCGUGCGGCGGAGGUAUUGUCCCGCGCGGCGGCGACGCUGUUCCCGUCCCGUCGUCGCGCGGAGCGGGCCCGGGCCCGCGCGCACAUGGUGCAGCACUACCACGAGCACAAGCACGCCGAGCACCACCGCGUGCUGCAGCGGCACAAGAUCAUCGAGGAGAGGAAGGAGUACAUCGAGCGGCUCAAUACUGUCCGCGAGGAGGAGGAACUCAGACGGCAAGAGGAGGUGUCUCGCGCGGCGGCGGCGGCGGAGGCCCGGCGCCUGGAGGCCGAGCGCGAGGAGCGCGAGCGGCGCCGCCACGAGUCCGAGCUGGCCGCCAUGCGGGAGCGACAUCUGCGGGAGAGGGUCGCGCACAUCAGCCAGACUGCGCACGGACAGAAGAUGCUGUCCAAUAUUAAUGAGGAGGAACUCAAAAAGAUGGACGCCGAAGCCAUCGCUGCCCGUGAGGCUGAGGAGCUGAUGAAGGAACGCCGUGAACUGCAGGCCAGGCUCAAGUCACAGGAGAAGAAGGUGGACUACUUCGAGCGUGCCAAGCGCCUGGAGGAGAUUCCCCUGCUGCAGAAGAGCUUAGAAGAGAAGCAGGUGCAGGACAAGGCGUUCUGGGAGACCCAGGAGAAGGAGCGCAUUCAACAACUUAUUGAGGCCCGCGCCCGCGACGUGAACACGGCGGCGCGGCUGUCCCGCAUGUCGGUGCACCGCGAGCAGUUCACGGUGAAGCUGCGCAGCGAGCGCGGCGCCGCGCACACGCAGCGACUCGCCGCCUUCAAGGACAAGCUGCAGGCUGAAAGGGAGAAACGGCUCGCGGAGCGGAGGGUGCAGCGCAUUGAGAAGAGGAGGCAGGAGUGGCUCGCAGAGAAGCGUCGCGCUGAGGAACGUGCUGCUGAGGAAGCGAGACGCAUCAAGGAGGAGGAGGAACGCAAAGAGAGGGAGGAGAGGGAGAAGAAACAUGCCGAGGAACUGGCCGCCGCCAGGGAGAGAAAGGAGAAAGAGGAUAGAGAACACCAAGAAAUGUUGGCACGUACUGAAGCUAAGAUCAGGGCGAAGGAAGCAGAGAUACAGCGCAAGUUGGAGGAACAGAAGGCACAGGCUUCGUCUAGCUGGAGAGACGGGGGCGCCGCCCGACCCGCCCCCGCCAGGGACGACGGAUGGAGGGCGAAGGCCGACGCCAAGGAUGAGAAGAAACCUGUACCUGGAGAUACUUGGCGAUCCAGUCGCGCGGCUCGUGACGCGGCCCCAGUCCGCGAGGACCGUCCUCGUACCCCGGACCGCAGGGCGCCGCGCGACGACAGGCCCGCCAGGGACGAGAGACCCGCCAGGGAUGAGAGACCACCGCUCAGAGACGACAGACGUGAGGAGAGGCCACGUGACGACCGUCCACCCCGUGACGACCGCCCGGCUCGCGAUGACCGCGGACCAAGGGACGACAGGCCAAGGGACGAGGGUGCGUGGAGGUCUACCAACAGGGAACCCGAGAGAGACAGGCCUCGUUACGCCGGUCGCUCCAGUGGUCCGGAGAGUGGCAGCUGGAGACGUGGACCCGCAGACCCACCACCAGCUCCUUCUGAACGCUCAUCGACCUGGCGUUCUAAGGACGCUCCCCCACGCGACGAUCGUUACCGCGACGCCCCGCGCGACCGCGACCGUGACCGCGAGGGCGGCGGGUUCCGGGAUCGCGACCGCGACCGCUUCCCAGCCAGGAGGGAUGACCGUGACGGGCCACGGCGCGAUGACCGCGACGGGCCGCGUCGUGAUGACCGCGACAGGGACGGGCCUCGCCGAGACGAGAGGGACCGUGAUGGGCCGCGACGCGACGACCGAGACCGCGAUGGCCCGCGCCGGGACGACCGCGACCGCGACGGACCGCGCCGCGCGCCGCCACGUCGUGACGAGAAACCUCGCGACCCCGACGGUGAUGACUGGCAGACAGUCAACUCCAGGCGUUGAUGCAACACACAGCCCCAACACUAACAAUAUAUAUUCUACUGUAAUUAUGUAUUACGUUCUACUUUGUCGCGAGUUCAGCAGUACUUUGUAUGUAAACCCAAUUUUUCAACCUUAUUAUACUAUCUAGCUAUGUCACGAAACAUUUACAUAUAUCUUAUAUGCAAUAUAAUAUAUAAUACUAUAUACACUUCGAAAGCAAGACAAAUUCCUUUCACUCAAAUUGAUAUUAGCAAAGAAAUUGGGUCUCUUACAUUAAAACAUCACAUACCAAAAGGUAUUUUCACCCUUAAAUGUAAAAUAAGUUACAUUUUCCUUUAAAAUGCUGGUUCAUUUGUCACCUUUUUCUCUCACUGCUGAACUCUUCACAUAUAUAAGUUACAGAUAUUAUUGUUUUAAAGCGCUACUGUAUUGCGCUAAUGUAAUCCUUAUGUUGUAUGGGAUGAGGGCGUAAUUUCUAUGUACACGAGAGGAUGCGAAUCCGUGCCCUGUUCAAGCUUAAAAAACUUGAUUUAUAAGUUCUUCAGUACUUUGCAAUAUUUUGGGAACUUGAUUACUUUGUUUUGAGUAGAGUUUGUAUUCAAAAUAUAUUAUUUCUACAAUAUUUUUUGCUGUUUUCCUAUACUUUUUAUUUCUUUUGAUCUCUGGACGCGGGUGGAAUUCUCUCGUUUUAACUUGUUGCUUCUUAGUGUAUUUCCCAAUGUUGGGAUAGUCCAUCAACCUGCUUUCUCGUUUAGACUACAACACAAGUAUUUUCAAAACAUCUUUACAUAACACCAUUCAAGAUUUGUCAGCUCAUUACUCCUAAAUUGCUUGAUAGAUUUAGAUGAAACUUCGCUAGUUACAUAAUAUAGCAAGUUUGUAUUAUUUCUCUUGUGUUAUAGCCUAAACCAUUACUAACAUUUACGCAACUUCAGAGACAAUAGUAAAAAUAAAAAAGAUAUAUUUACAAAAUCAGUGUCUUACAGUUUUACUGAAAUAUUGAAACUAACAGUGCCUAUAUGCAACAGUUGAUUAUGAAACAUGUAGUUAGCGCUUGUCAAUUUCUUAUUUCUUUAGCUAAUAAAUCAUUGACUUGGGA